CAGUAGUGAACAACGCCAUCCAACAAACAAAUCCCCUUCCCCACUUCCUCACGGCAGUGAAAGACCAGCGGCCAUGCUCGGACUUCGAGCCCGCGCAGCGGCGCAGCUCCCUUGCCCUUCCCCGUCUCCCUCCUCCACUCCCACGACCUCGCUCGCGAGGUUCGCGCGCCUCUCCCCGCUCGCCGCCCUCGCGCCUCUGGCGUCUGCACCUCCGCCGGCGAGGGCGAGGGCUCCGCCGCCGGCCUCCCUCUCCACCAAUUGGGGCGUGCCCAUGCGUCCCGGGGGAACCGGAAGCAACUCAAGGCCUACCACGCGGGUUUUCUGCACCGCUGCCAGCAGCUCUCAGAGAGAGGGAAAAGAGUUGCUAGUCCAGCAUUUGCUUGUUGGUGAGAAGGAUGUCAGGCUUCUGGUCGAUCUUGAAAAGAGCAUCAUUGCAGGAGGGGCAGACUUGAGUGAUUUGGCUGUGGAGCACUCCUUAUGUCCAUCCAAAGAAAAUGGCGGUAUGCUUGGGUGGGUUCGAAGAGGACAGAUGGUUCCAGAAUUUGAAGAGGCAGCAUUUAGUGCCCCUUUGAAUAAAGUUGUACGGUGUAAGACAAAAUUUGGAUGGCAUUUAUUGCAAGUUCUCGCUGAGAGGGAUCAAUGCGUACUGCAAGACAUUGACCCACAAGAUCUUCACACGAAGAUGCAAGAUCCUAGUUUUCUUGAAGGAGCUCAACUGAUUGAUGUUCGGGAGCCUGAUGAAGUGGCUAAAGCUUCACUUCCAGGCUUCAAAGUUCUGCCACUUCGGCAAUUCGGGACCUGGGGACCAGUUAUGACAGAUGAGUUUAAUCCUCAGAAGGAUACUUAUGUUCUGUGCCACCAUGGCAUGCGCUCGAUGCAGGUGGCUAAAUGGCUGCAGUCACAGGGUUUCAAAAAAGUUUACAAUGUCACUGGUGGAAUUCAUGCCUACGCGGUUAAAGCCGACUCCUCCGUGCCAACUUACUAGAGGGACGGGACUGGACUGGACUGGACUGUUGUCAUCAACAUGUGGUUUGAUCUUAUCAAGAAAACCCGUGGCCAGAUACUGUUAAUGUGAAACCAAAUGCAGUGCGCCAUUCUAGGAUUUGGCCAUGGGUUUGACCCUUGACCAAUGCCAGAAUUCAGAGCUCAGUUUUCUUUCUGGCAACCUGGCAUGUAUUAGAGUUAGAAUCCCUUUGGACGAAAUGUAUACGGCUAUUCUUUUUCUAAGGAAAAAAAAAGGAAUACUUGAGAAUUGGUUAUUGGAUGAA